AUGGCGCGCGGCUUUAAUGUAUAUGACAUUACUACGGGUACGGCUUUGGGUUCGUUCAAGUUCCAGCACGGGUCUGCGCAUCGUGCGCCAGUAUCUUUCUUGCAUGGUGGACGAAGUCUUGUUGGCGGCAGUUCAAUCGGUCGGACGUGGGUAUGGGAUGUGGAUGCCGAGGAUGUGAGACAAGUUAUCCCUCACGAAGACGACGGAGUAGUGCUUGCCAUCGAUGCGCCCCCCCUCGAUGAACAAGGGCGAACGGUACUGGCCAUUGCGACGGCCUCAGGUGAAGAGGCUGGAUUAACGAUCAAGCUCUGGGAUAACCGUGACCACCAGGAGCACCAGGAGGGCCGUGACCUUGACCAGAAGCCAGCUGUGGAUCCUGGGAUCCCCUAUCGCCCCAUUUCCUGGCGCGUUUUCAUUGAUCAAUCUACUUGGAUGUGCUGUGUUUUUGCUCCGUUAUUAGCAUUCGCGGUUGUUGGGCCGUGGUUGCUAUGCGAGUUCCUCUUCAGUAUGUAG